AGGAGAGCGGGGAUGGGCAAUAUGGCUGGAAAGAAUGACACAGUCGUAGUUAAAGACAAUGACAUUAGGCGGCCAACUCGUGAUAGUUUUGAUUCCGUGUCCAUGGAUACUACAGAGCAGCAACCAGAGGAAAACCACUUCGGUGAAAAUGCAGCUGGAUGUGGCAAGUCCAAGAAGAAGAAAGACAACAGGAAAAACCGACAACGGCAGAAUUUAAAACACCUACAGGAGGAAAACCAGAAUUUCCAGGAUGAGAAUGCAUCACUAAAUCAGGAGUUGUCCAAUGUACGUCGAGAACUGACGGACUGUCGCAAACAACAUGGCCAGGAGCUUAUCGAAGUGCACAGGCAACUGACAGACUGUCGCCAACAGUGUGAACAGUUGAAAGACAAGAAUGAAGCCAUGUUACAGCGAUAUAGUGAAGUUGUAUCAAAUCAAAUGAAGAACAAUCCUUCAAUCCAAGAUAUUAAUUACCAGGACAAACCCAGGCAAAUUGCAGAGGCUUUCCGUGGGGAGUUGUAUAGCAGGAAAUGGUGUGAUGCGUUUGAUGUAGUGGACAUUGGCGUCACUUCAGAAAGGGACCAGUUAGAGAUCCUUAGGGACCUGUGUAGGGAUUCGUUUCUGAUAUGUACUUACGUUUUAAUUGGCCAAGCUGAAAAUCUAAAACAUGCGCUGGAUCCGACUGCUAUGGAAGGCGAUAGUUCUAAUUAUUCCAACUGCUCUGUUUGUCCUCUCGCCAGUGUCCUUAACAAACUUCCAGAAGUUAUCAGGGAUGAGUUUAUACAAAACUCUCGUCAAUCCAAAGUUUUGGAGAAGAUAUUGCAAGAACAAUGCAGUGAUGUUUACGCGACCAAGAAGCUUACUACAACGUAUGGUGAAGGGAUAGUAAGUCAACUGGAACCCUAUAUCAGUUCAUGCAUUCAGAUAUGUUGGGAUAUGCUACUUCAGAAACCUCCGAUGUUUCUUGACUUCAAUAUGACAAGGGGCUGUAAAAUCAACCCUGAAGUAUGCGAUUUCUAUGCCAAUCAGGGUUCAGUGGUUGAAUUCGUUGUCUGGCCGGUAUUGUAUCGUCAUUUCGGUGGACCCGUUUUGAAUAAAGGCAUAGUACAAGCGUCUAGUACUAACAAGUCAUAGCCAAAUUAAAGGAACAGUGUAGACUUCUAAACAUUACAGCCAAUAUAGGGCAUAACAAAAUGCUGGAUAUUGAUGUUCGUGUGUUCAUAAAUGUCUCGAGUAAACUUUCCGCUAUUUACAAUUUUGGUCUAGUGUAAAUUAUCUUGGAUGAAACCUGCUUAAUUCUUCCUAAGCCUUCUUUAGAAGAAGAUGGUCAUUUUGCGUAUUGUGGUCCUUUGC